AUGACAAGAAUCAAGCCAAAACACAUGUUUCGCAUUUUCACAUUCACCUGCUUCUUCUCCUCAUACAUUGCACAACACACUGUCCCAAACAUAGCUUAUCCUCUCUCCACAAGUUCCCGUUGGAUUGUCGACGAGAACGGUCAGAGAGUGAAGCUAGCUUGUGUGAACUGGCCAUCGCAUUUCCAGCCCGUGGUGGCGGAAGGUCUGAGCAAGCAACCGGUGGACGCCGUAGCCAAGAAGAUAGUGGAAAUGGGUUUCAAUUGUGUUAGGUUAACUUGGCCGUUGGAUUUGAUGACUAAUGAGACAUUGGCUAACAAUGUCACAAUGGUGGUUACUACAUUAGGAAACAACGAUGUGAUGGUUAUAUUAGACAACCACCUAACCAAACCAGGGUGGUGCUGUGCCAACGACGACGGUAACGGUUUCUUCGGUGACCAGUUCUUCGAUCCCACCGUAUGGACCGCCGCAUUGAGAAAAAUGGCGGCUACAUUCGACGGCGUCUUUAAUGUCGUUGGCAUGAGCCUAAGGAAUGAACUUAGAGGGCCUAAACAAAACGUUAACGACUGGUUCAAGUACAUGCAACAAGGAGCAGAAGCAGUUCAUUCAGCAAACAAGAACGUACUUGUAAUCCUGUCCGGUCUCAACUUCGACGCCGAUCUCUCUUUCGUUAGGUCGCGACCCGUAAAUCUAUCCUUCACCCGAAAACUCGUGUUCGAGCUCCAUUGGUAUGCUUUCAGUGACGGUAACUUGUGGGCGACAAGUAACCCUAACGAUAUCUGCGGUCGGGUUCUAAAACGGCUAGGAAACCGUGGCAAUUUUCUCCUCAACAAAGGCCUUCCCUUGUUUCUUAGCGAGUUCGGUAUAGACCAAAGAGGAGGAAACGCUAAUGAUAAUCGCUAUCUCGGAUGCUUAAGUGGUUGGGCGGCUGAAAAUGAUGUCGACUGGUCGCUAUGGGCCCUUACCGGAAGUUAUUACUUAAGAGAGGGUGUUGUUGGGAUGAUUGAGUAUUAUGGUGCGUUGGAUUCGGAUUGGAAUAGUGUUCGAAACUCGAGUUUCUUGCAACAGAUCUCUCUUCUUCAAUCUCCACUUCAAGGUACUACAUAUUAUUAG